GUGAAGCAGAAGUGAAGAUUUCACGGAGUACUUUACCUGUUUCAAAGGGCCAUGAACAAGCUCCCCGAAAAAGGAUGACAUCUAAAUGUCUGUCUUCAGACAUUCUGCCACAAAACCUUUCUGCAGGAAGCACUAUGUUGGAGUCCAACAUAUCCAAAUCUUCACAGGACAGCACCGUUAAGAGUGCCAGCUGUGGAUCUGUAUCCGUGUUCUUUCCCAUCAGUAUGAUGGUCACUGGAAUGGUGGGUAACUCACUGGCGAUGCUGCUAGUUUAUAAUGCAUACCGAAGAAAAGAAAACAAAAGAAAGAAAUCGUUUCUGCUUUGCAUUGGGUCGCUGGCAUUGACUGAUCUUUUCGGCCAGUUGCUCACAAGUCCAAUAGUCAUUUCGGUUUACAGAGCAGAUCUGAAAUGGGACAACGUGGACUCGUCAGGAACUCUCUGCGCUUUCUUCGGCGUGUGCAUGACCACUUUUGGUUUAUGCUCUCUUUUUUUUGCGAGUGCCAUGGCUAUUGAAAGGGCCUUGGCCAUUACUGCUCCUCACUGGUACUCGAAUUACAUGAAAACCAACUUGACCAAACAAAUUCUUGUCAUUAUUUGGUGUUUAGUUUUGCUCUUUGCGUUGUUGCCCGUUGCUGGUGUGGGAAAAUAUACUUUGCAAUGGCCAGGCACUUGGUGUUUUAUAAGUACAGGUGAUAAGGACGUAACGGGAAAUACGUUUUUUGCCAUCACUUUUGCAGUUCUGGGGAUAUUUUCAUUGCUCGUCACUUUAUCUUGUAAUUUUGUGACCAUACGUGCAUUGGUUACACGUUGUAAAUCGAAGCUAAGCUCGACUCAGUCAUCCAAGCAAUGGGAGAGGUUAACAACAGAGACUGUUAUUCAGUUGAUGGGCAUUAUGUGUGUCCUGUUGACAUGUUGGUCACCUCUGCUGAUUCUUAUGCUAAAGAUGAUCUCAACCCACACAUCCUCUCAUCAUUGCAAGUCUGCCGCUGCAUCUUUCCCACCCAAUCAGGACUUACAGAUGGACUGCAACUUCUUUCUCACAGCCAUACGCCUGGCAUCACUCAACCAGAUCCUGGAUCCGUGGGUUUACCUGCUUCUCAGGGAGAUUCUUCUGAGGAAGUUCUGCCAGGUUGCCAGUGCGGUAUCCAAGUGCUCACUGGAGGGGCAGAAGGAAAUUCAAUGUCCUCUAGAUGUCCUGAAUAAAAAGGCUAUUCAAAACGAUCAGAACGUUCAGAAACAAUCCCUCAAUAUGGAGAACAGUAAUUUGAAUGGGGGGAAUGGGGAACAGUGACUGAAGUAGGGUUAAUAGCAUUUCAAAUUAAGAAAUACAAUGGAAUAUCUGUGAAUUGCUGUGAUGAAACCAGCAUGUAACCGCAGUCACUCUUGUGUUGCUGACCUGUCACAGUCAGUAUUUUCAAAGGGAUUUUGUACAUGGUUACUCAAUUAACAUCCUUUGAAGUAAAACUAAAUGACUGAACUUGACCGGUAAAGGUAUGCAGAACAGCAAUAUUAGUAAAUGAAACGUGGCAAAACAAAAAGCAUAAGAAACUGAUUUUGCCAGCUCCCAUGGAGUUGGUUUAAAUUGUUUUGAACCAGUGUUGGCAUUACAUAAGAAAACAUAUUUAUAUAUAUGCCAAUUGCUAUAUUGAAAUGAAAGAAUAUUUCUUGGUUUAAAUGGUUAAUAUAUGGUGUGAAAUAUAAAAUAUCAAAGCUCAUUUUGCACUCGCAAGAAAGCACUGAAUGGUCUUAUAUUUAAUUUUAAAAUUAUAAUUAAGUUUUAUUGUGCGCACUUCUCAAUGCCAAGCCUGCAGAGCUCAUAACCACAGGUGCUGUGUUUAUUGGUUUGAAUUGU